AUGUUCGCCGAAGUUGUUUAUGAAAGAGGGCAUGAAUACAUUCAAGAUUUCCAAGAUGUUAAAGCCGCGAUAAUCGUAUUCAUCCCAUGUUUCAUUGGAUUCAUCUUGGCGUUAGUAGCACUUAGAGGAUUCUAUGUGAUUCCAGCAAUGAAUACGUCAUUCGGAUAUUUGACUAGAGCUCAAUUAUUUCCACAAGCCAUUGCGGGUUUGACUACAGGAGGGUUCUACUUUUUCGGUGUUUUGUUGUAAGUUCUGUCUAGUUUUGCUAAUAAUUUUUGAUAACAAUUUUCAAGAGAUAUCAAAUUCAUUAUAAAUAACUCUCAUGUCUUCGGUCUAAUUUCAACAACUCUGCUUCCAUUAAUUUACUCCUUAUACUUUUUCAUUGCUCUCAACAGGCUUCUCGCUGUUACUUUCCCCACUUACUACAACAUUCUUUUCAAACCCAAAAUUUGUCGCGCUUAUGUUUUUCUAUGUUACAGUAUUGCGAUAAUUCACACACCUAUGUUCACAUGGUAUCGUGAGUUUGAAAAUGAAAAUGAUUUUUUCGGAAAAUUAAAAUUAUCAAUUUUCAGAUAACUGCGGUUAUAAGUUCUACCACUAUGGUUGGGUAUUUUCUUUCAUUAUCACUGAUACUUGCGGUACGAAAUUCGAAGUUUUAUUACGCACCGUUCAAAGUGUGUUGAGCACUUCGAUUUCAAUUUUCGAUGUUGGCACAUUGAUUUCAUUGUUGUUUUUUGCGGUGAGAGAAAACAUACAUAAAAUGGGUCCCCAGAAUCGGAGAGGGGCUUAACUUUUUUCAAAAAUCUGAAGAGAAGGGUGUCUAACUUGGCCAAUUUUCUGCUGAUAAUUUACCAAAAUUCCUAGACUUGUCCAAAAUUCGCUCAAAAAUGUGAGGGCGGUUUUUAACUUUAAAAAUUUUCAAGGAGGGACCCUAACUUUGAAAACUGACUCGGGGGACCUAUUUUAUGUAUGAGAGAAAAUUGGAUCUUCAACUUUAAUAAAACCGUGAUAUUUUCAGAAUAGAAUUCUCAAAACCAAAAGUGCCGAGAUGCGUAAACGAGAAAUAAACUUCGGUCAACAAGUAGUCCUCCAAGGCCUAGCUGCCAUCAUCUUUGCCAUUGUCUACAGUCUCGCUUAUGAAUAUAUACCGGGAACUACCCCGGAAACGUGGAAAAUCUUCUGGACAUCUACGUUUAUCGCUAGUUUAGUUCACAUCGUUAGCACGUAAGUGUUAUUUCCUAUUUCAAAAAACAAAUGGAGCACAAUUUUUUGCAGUGGGGUGAUUUUCGUGUUCAAUGCCGAGUUCUCGAAAUGGUUACGGGCUAAGAAGAAGCAACGAACUAUGCCAGCUAGCGUGCUCAAUGUUGCAUGA